UUGUGCUACAAUACUGUUCUCCUUUUAUUUUGGUGAAAAUAAUCAAUAUUUCGGUCUUCGUUUGAGUGAAUACUUGACUUGAUUGGUCAAGUAAUUAUGGAAUCUUUAUCAAAACAAGAAUUAAUCUCAACAAUAACUAAGCAAGCAGACCAAAUCAAGCGAUAUGAAGGACGUUUACGAGACGUUGUUGCGGCAUACAAAGGCCUUGUAAAAGAGAAAGAGGCCUUAGAAAUAAGCUUGAAGGCUUUAAACAAAACUGAAACCACAGAAAAUGCAUCUCAAGAUUCUGUGGCCGCUCUUACACUGUCACUCUCAACUUUGACAGCGGAAAAGACUCGAAUGGAAGAGGCAUUCCAAGCUGACAAGAAAGUUACUAGAGAAAAGUAUGAAAACAUUCUGGCACAAAUGCGCGAAGAAACGAAGACCCUUGUGCAGCAGCAUCUUGCUGAGGUGGGCAACCUAAAAGCUAAGAUAGCCUACGAGAUCCAGGAACGAGAGAAAGAGAGGGCAGAUCAAACGGCUAUGUUGAAAGAAUUACAUAUGAAGCUGAGCAAAGAAAGAAAAAGUAAGGAAAAGCUUGAAGACAAAGCAGUGCAUAGCAGCGAAGCGCAGGCAUCUCAGGCGGAAUUAGAAAAGCGAGUACGCGAUCUCAACAGUUCUCUAGAGGCUUCACAAAGAAGGUUACAUAGGGCGGAAGCUAGAACGGUCGAGACUCCGGCUUUGCUUGUACGCUUGCAACAGAAGCUGGCAUUGCUGGAACAAUCACAUUCUAUAGCUAUACGAGAGGAGCAAAUAAAAGCGAAACGAGCAGAGGAAUCCGCGCGUAAAAUAUGCGCGCGACAAGAGGACAGGGUCGCGUUACUGGAGGGAAAGCUUGCUGAACUGUCACAGACGAUUGGGGAGUACGACCUGAGGAGGAGACACGACCAGACCCUUAUACAGCAGCUGAGGGACUCUCUCAACGGGCGACUGAUGGACAAGAUCGCCGGAAGUAGUGGGAAUGAAGAGAGCCAGAAAAGCGAGACAGACAACGAAAAGUUGGCCGACAGCGAAUAUUUACACACAUUGAUAGACAAAAUACACAUUUUGAAAAAGGAGCUAAUAGCCGAAAAUGAGAAACUGGGCAAUCCGAUAGAUAUAUCAACAGUCUUCAAACUAGAUGGCUAUGAGAACGUCCACAUGAAGUGUAGGCAGGAGAUAGAUAGUUUGAAAGUUGAGUUUGAGAGUUACAAAGUACAAAACGCGAGAGUUCGAGAGAGUGGCGAGGAGGUGGAGAGUGAGAUGGAGGAUUUGAAGAGCGAGAUAGCGAUGCUAAAGGAGAAAAUGGAGACUUAUGUACUGCUGCUGGAGGAAGAGAAACAGGAUAAGGCUGACUCGUUGAGGCUUCACGAGGAGAAACUAAAAAACCAGAGGGAUUAUCACAAGGAGGUGGUAUCCGAUCUCAAAACUCGAAUACAAAGCUUAGAGAAACAAGUUCAGACACAGAGAGAUAGAUACGCGACUCUGUUGGAAGAGACCGACAACUACAUUCGCUCUAGAAACGACCGUUCCAGGAAAGUCAGCACUGAAGAAGGUUGGAAGGAGGGACAUGGGAUGUUAAACGACGGAUCUGCACCGCCACAUAUGCUGCAUUAUGCCCACGAGUUGGCCCGAAAGGAUUUGGACAUUACCCAGUUGAGAAGGGAGAAACAUAUAUUGGAAGGACAUUACAGAGACUGCCAACGUGAGGCGACCAUAGAAAAGGAGCGGUUCAAAGAGGUUAUAAGGACACUAAAGGAAGAAAUUGACAGAUUAAGGAGAAUCCAGUCAAGGGAAGGAGCCAAUCUGGAAUAUUUGAAGAACGUAGUUAUGGCGUAUCUCAUGUCGACGGACUACGCGGGCCGCAAGCACAUGCUAAACGCCAUAGCUGCUGUAUUGCACUUCACUAAUAACGAGAGGAAAAUGGUCUUUAACACCCUUUAAAUAAACAUCAUAAUUGCCUGGCCACUAAA